AAAGAACUGUGUGUGUGUGUGUGUGUGUGUGUGUGUGUGCUCUUGUUUUCAUGAAAAAUGAGGACAUUUUUAUGAUAACACACCUGCAAUAUGAGGACACUCGGAAAAAUGAGGACAUUUUGGGGGUCCUCAUUUUUCCAUGCUCACUAAACAGUUGUAGAUGCUCCUAGAAUGCCUCUAAACCAAAAACCUCCAAUGUCCUGAAACAUCACAAUUUUAUGACAUGAAGUGUGUAAGUGUGUUUAUGUUUUUUGCUCAUUUGCGGAUACGCCAACUAGUGGUCAGAUCUGGAACUUUAACACACUUUUAACACACAUUGAUGACGCACUCAACGGGUCCUCAUAUAUAACGUUUUCAUAACCAAAAUAUUUAUCAGUUCUUUAUUUAUGACUUGUUAAUUUGUUGAAAGAUAUGUGAUAUCUAUCCUGUGAAGCGUUUUUGUUGUAUGCUGAUGAUUGUUGUAUGAGAGUCAUUGGUUUCAAUAAUAAAAAAUAAAAAACGUUUUCAUACACACCAACUUUUUAAGCUAGUUUAGAAUUAGCCUACUGUAAUUCACACAUUCCACGUAAUCAGAGUAAAAUAAUAACAUCAAUUUACUAUUGCUGAUUAAGUAUCCUGUUUACUUUGUAGAGAAUCAGUUCCUCAAUUAAUUGAAAUUAAUCAGCUGGAUAAGAUAAUGUUAGCUUAUUAAACAAAGAGGAGAACAUCAUUAAUAGGUGGGCCUGGGAAUAUCUGGACAUGCAUAUUAAUUAAAAUAAAUGUAAUUAAUUAAUAUUAAGAACUUCCUUUCAGAAACAGCAUAAUCAUGCCACGGUGGGCCAGCAUAAAAACACGGUCCGGAUCUACCACAUAAGGUGGAGUCUCUCCUGGUCUUUGAGUUGAAAACCUUGAUUAUGUCAUAAUCUAUCAAUAAACUAUCAAUAAUGUUUAAUAUAUAAUUGGGAGUCUAAAUGGCCAAAUGACCAGCCAAAUAACAGCAGUAAGUGGCGCUUUCCUCCCGUCGUCCGGUUGUCUGUUUGGACAAGUGAAGUGCGGCCUGCAUGCUAUGUGCCGGCUUUUCCCACAUUCCCAGAGCCACCGAACGUCUCACAACCGUCUUACCGCUGCUGCUGCAGACUUCUCCUCAGGCAUGACCUGGUAAGUGGUAAGUAAUUACUUUUCUUCAUUUUCAACCACAACGACAGUUAUUCUUUGAGUAUAUGUUAAAUUUGACCGCUCUUUAACAGAAAUUUGUGCUUUGUAUUACACUGUUGUAGCUGCCUUUGCACAGUGUUAGCAUCAAUCAAUUUGCCCAAUUAGCUAAAGUUAAUGACAUGCAUUGGUGAGAAAAUGAGUAACGUUAAGUUAAAGUUACAUUUAUUUCUAUAGGCAGAGUAAUACCAUGUAUACAUCCUAUUUUAUUCAAGUAUGGGUCUUUUUUGGUACUUGUUUUGCUGACUUUUUGUCUUUAAUAUCUAUGUAGAUCUUUGCUAAUUGAGGAGCACAUGGUCAAAGAGCAUGUCAAAAAGGAGAACCAGACUUAGCCCUGAGGCUGAGGCUAUUCAGUUUAUUUUAUCUGGAGGUGAAAAACCUUGUUUUAAGGUCAAGUGGAUCAGUGAUUUUAAAGGACGUGGUGUAUUUACCUGCACACCAAUUGAAAAGGGAUCGUUUGUCGUCGAGUACCGUGGGGAGUUAAUAUCACAAUAUGAACAGGACAAGAGGCAGAAGAAGUACACAGAAAAACAAAAUGCUUUCUUGUUUGAUUUUGAAUUGAACAAUGUCACAUGGUGCAUAGAUGCGUCCCGUGAAGAUGGCUCACUGGGAAGGCUGGUGAAUGAUUGCAACAAGUCACCAAAUUGUAAAAUGAAAAGGUUGACAGUCCAGGGUAAACCUCAUCUUUGCUUAUUCGCAAUUGAAAACAUCCAAGCAGAGACUGAAAUAACCUACGAUUAUGGAGAUUCUCAAUGGCCAUGGCGUAAUCUGACACCAAGUGGCAUGAUCCAGUCUCAACCUUCAGGAGACCCAGAAGUGAGCGAGAGAUCCAGUUCGACCUUCCAACAGGCCAACCACUCCACUGGAAUUGCAUCCUUCCAUCAUGUACUUACUGCAGAGCAGAUCUCUAAUGACAUGACUGAUGAAUCUUCGGAUGCAACGGACUAUGAUGAUGCCAACUAUGUUCCAGAUUCAAGUGGCAACUCCUCUGACACAAGUUAUUCUAGUAGAGAUCUAAAAAUCAUAGACAAUCAUCUUCCCCACAGAGUGUUAAAGGAAAAAUCAUUGGGGAUCGAUACAGCCCACAGUUUGGAUAGUACCAACAGUUCCAAGGAGCAGAGAAGUUUUAGUUCCUCAAAGAUAAGCAGCGGCCAUUGUAGUUCAGUGAUAAGUUGCAGUGACAGUUCAUCAGAGAAGACCUCGCACAGCUCCAUAAAUGUCACUUCGUUGCCAAACACAGCAAAGCGAAGCAAGUACAACAAGAAACAAUAUUGUCUAUAUUGUAAUAAGGCCAUUUCUAAAUUGGCGAGACACCUCGAAUCCGCUCACAGUACACAGCUUGAUGUCGCAAAGGCUUUCAGUUUUAAGAAAAGAUCUCGCGAAAGAAAAGAUUUGUUACGCUCUCUUAAGAAGAGGGGAAACUUUAACCAUAAUGCCACUGUGGCAAGCAGUGGUGUUGGAGAAAUGGUUGCUUGUCGAAGACCCACUAGAGACAAACAAUCUAAUGACUUCAGUCACUGCAAGUUUUGUCAAGGACUCUAUGCAAGAGAUAGUCUAUGGAGACAUGUCAGAAACUGCCCUCAGAAGUCUGUUGAGGUGGAGACUAGAGUUGGGCAAAAACGGAUCCACAUUGACCUACCAAAAGCUGAUACAGUUCAUGAUGCUGUUUGGAAGAUUGCUUGUGAAAUGAACCAGGAUGACAUUUCUUUAGUUGUAAGGAGUGAAAGAGACAUCCUUAGUCUUGGCGAGUCAAUGUACAAUGGCAGGAAACCAAAUGAGAAAAGAAAUGAUUACAUACGUCAAAAAAUGAGAGAGAUGGCUAGACUCUUGAUAACUGCAAGAGCUACAACACCUUUGAAGAGCACUGAAGACCUUGUUAUGCCCAGUAAUUUUCCCCACGUGAUACAAGCAGUGAGAUCUGUUGCUGGUUAUGACUUGGAUAGCAACUCAUAUAAAACCCCAUCAUUGGCUUUAAAAUUGGGUCACAGUUUGGCUAAGGUUGCAGGCAUUGUGCAAUGCAAUGCCAUCAUUGCAAAUCGCAAUGCUGUCGCAGAGUCUGCCAAGCAAUUCUCCACUCUGUAUGAGAAAAGAUGGGCGGAAUCCAUUUCAAGUGCUGCACUGGGUACACUUCAUCAAGCCAAAUGGAAUAAACCACAUGUUUUGCCCUUUACACAGGAUGUGUCUCUGCUGCACAAGUUUCUUGCUACUGAGCGUGCUAAGUGCAUGAAGGACCUUGAGGAAGAACCCAACAUCAAAAGCUUUGGGAAUCUUGCACAAGUGACUUUGACGCAGGUGGUACUAUUUAACAGAAGAAGGCAAGGGGAAGUUUCAAAAAUGGAACUCCAGGCUUUCACAUCCAGAAAUCGUACAGAGUUGAAUCCUGACAUUAUGAUGGGCCUUACUGAGUUUGAGAGGAAGGUUGCAAAGUACUUUGACAGAGUUGAGAUUCGAGGUAAAAGGUCACGAAUGGUGCCCGUGCUUCUCACACCUGACAUGAUCACUGCAAUGGAUCUCCUCAUUAAAAACAGGAAUGAGUGUCAAGUCCACACAGAGAAUGUGUACUUGUUUGCACGCCCAUGUGUGCUUUCCCAUUACAGAGGCUCUGACUGCUUCCGCAAGUAUUCAAAACGAUGUGGUGCAAAAAACCCAGAGUCACUCACCUCAACAAGAUUGAGGAAACAAGUUGCCACUUUGUCAACAGUACUAAACUUAAAAGAAAAUGAAAUGGAUCAACUUGCUACCUUUCUAGGACAUGAUAUAAGGGUCCACAGGGAAUUCUAUCGGCUUCCAGAGAGUACCCUGCAGCUUGCAAAAGUUAGCAAACUGUUGAUAGCAAUGGAAAAAGGAAGACUGUCUGACCUGCAAGGGAAAGGGCUGGAUGACAUUGAGAUCAAUCCUGGAGAUGAAGUAGGCACGAGUGAUGAUGAUUCCAGUGAAGAAACCAUUGCUGACCUACAUCAACAUGAAGGCUCAAGAACUGAGACUUCUGGGGAUCGGACACUUCUGAGGCACUCGCAUGCUUCAACCACCCUGGAUCAUUUGGGGGGCACUUCUGCCUCAACCGUCUUGGACAACGUAAAUGUCAGCAACACUCAACCAAGACAUGAUUCCCAGCAGAACACAGCACUUCAAAUGGUUACAUCCCAAACUUCUUCAAAGGGCUCCACUGCAAAGCAAGCUGGGAAGGUGAGGAGCAAGUGGACAGGUAAUGAAGUGAAGGCUGUGGAGCGGCACAUGAUUCAUUUCAUAACCAGCUGCAAGGUGCCAGGUAAAAAGGACUGUGACUCCUGCCUCCAGGCAGAACCAGUGGCUCUGAAAGACAGAGACUGGGUUGCAAUCAAAUACUACAUUCACAACAGAAUCAUAUCAAUGAAAAGGAAGAUGAAUAGAUAGAAUUAGAACAUGCCAACUGUGGCUCAGGUGCAAUUUAAUUUCUGUUGAACUUAGAAAAUUGCUCACUGUGUGCUGUUAUAAUCAGUGUCACCUUAGAUAUCCAGUGAAAAUGUUUGUAAUGGGUUUCGUUUGAUAUUCUCAUUUUCAUUCAAGGAUUGCUAUUGAUGAUUUCUUGUACAAGCAUGCCACCUAGUUUUGACUGAAGCUGCCAUGUUGACAUGUAUUCAUGAGGGCUAUUGAUUUUUUUUUUUUUUUUUUUUUUUUUUUUUUUGAUCUGUCACAGUUGGUUUCGUGUUUGGCUUCACGUUUGUUUUAAUGUCUCUUAUUUUGUAAUCUCGUCAUGUUUCAGCUCCCGGUCUUGUCAUGUGAUUCCCUUCUCAUCAUGUGAUCAUGUCAUAUGCUUCCCUAGUCUUGUGUUAUGUUCCUAUUGGUUGGUUUAGUUGUCAUAUCCUGAUUGGUUCCCUUGUUUCAUGUGUCUUGUUCUCAUUGGUUGUUGUAGUCAUGUGAUCCCGCUAGUCCUGUAUAAAUACUCCUCAUGUUUCCAUAGUCUCUUGUUGAGUAUUGUGAUUGUUUUCUGUAACCGCUGCCGGUGAGUUCUCUGACAAGUCUGUUCCAAGUCAUGUCUGUUCAUGGUUCAUGCUUCAGGUCUGUUCCUGCUUCAAGUCUGUUCAUGCUUCAGGUCUGUUCAUGCUUCAGGUCUGUUCAUGCUUCAGGUCUGUUCAUGCUUCAGGUCUGUUCAUGCUUCAGGUCAAGUCUGUUCUAGUCGAGUCAUCGUUUAUGUUGUAUCUGUUCACGUUUGGAAAUAAACUGCACAUGGGUUCAUCACUUCAA